AUCUCGCUGUCGAUUUUUGGAAUAGCUGGAGGGCCGGUUCUGAGUGUUUUUUGUUUGGGAAUGUUCUUCCCGAAAAUCAAAGGUGUAGCGGCAUUUGUAGCGCAGCUGACGUCCACAUUAUUUUGCAUUUUCGUUGCGGGCGGUGCAUUGUUGAAUCACGUUGGGCCUGUUGGUUUGCCGCUUGAUCGAACAUGUCAGAACAGUAAUGCUACGUUGGCAUUUAUUGAAAGCCCGGAAUAUGGAAUGGUUGAGCCGCUGCACAGGCCCAUAACGCAGAAUUUAUCAAGAUACCUCGGACAGUCGGUGUGGAGAUUGAAUGCUAACGCUGUAACUGAAUGCAUCCAAAUGCUGGAUGGUAGUCGUGAUUCUUCGUGCUCCAUUCUUACAGUCACUAAUCGUUGCUUGAAACGACGCGCAGAGCUUGAUGAGAGGAUAUGA